AGUCACGUUUUAUCAGCGUCGCGACGCACUGCGGACGAAGUUAAAGAAAAGGACGAGGAAGUUAAAGAAGAAGAGGAAGGGAAGAAAGGAGGAAGGAGAGAGCCUCCUCAGGACAGUAGCUUCAAGACGGAGAUCUGAAAGACUUCGCGAAUCUCUUUGGGACUCUCUUCAGGAUGUUGGAAGUGGGAAAGCACGUGCUUCUUCGUGGUCUUCUGCCACUGGUGAUUCUGGCCACCUUGAGUGGGGCUCAGUUCCGGUGUCCAGAGCCUAAGGGUUUCUUCCCCGAUCCCGAACAGUGCGAUCUUUAUUACGCCUGCGUGGAUGGUCAGCCUGAGGAGAAACUCUGUAAGGAUGGACUCGUCUUCAGGGAUGAUAAUCCCAAGAAGGAACUCUGCGAUAUACCGGCGAAUGUACCUUGCGGCGACCGCACAGUUUUGCAGGAGCCGCAACCAAGCAAGGGGUGCCCGCGGGCAAACGGCAUUUUUAGCCACGAGGACCCGACUGCGUGUGACCGUUUUGUCAAUUGCAUCGAUGGAGUAGUGCAAGUAGUGCCCUGCCCGCCCGGACUAAUCUAUGAACCCAAGAUGUCGAGCUGUGUCUGGCCGGCAGACGCCACUCGUCUAUGCGAGAACGCAAAACGCGAUGUCCUGGACGAUGGCUUUGUAUGCCCGGACGGCGACGUCGCCGGCCCGUCCGGCAGAAUCCUACCGCAUCCGACCUAUCCGCAUCCCGAGGAUUGCGCCAAGUUCUACAUCUGCAAGAACGGUGUAGUACCGCAGAAGGGCCAAUGCGAGCCCGACACCGUGUACAACGAAGACAGCUUCAGGUGCACGGAACCAGAAUCCGUGCAGGGAUGCGAGGACUAUUACAAGCGUAAGAAUUGAGUUGGAGAAGCGAGGGUGCUGCAGUUAACCGCAACGUGUGUAAUGCUCAUCUUUUUACCCAUAGGAACAAUAAAUGCAUGUGAUAUGCAUGCUUACGUAAAA